AACACUGUACCUUAAAUACAACAGGCCUUCUCAUGGGGACACUAGAUGCAGUCUUGGACUCAACAUCAAAAGUGGCUCCAUUUCGCAUCCUGCAUCAAACACCAGAUUCUCAAGUCUACUGGUCCAUUGCAUGUGGAACCAGCAGAGAAGAAAUUACAGAACACUGGGACUGGUUGGAACACAAUGUUAUGAAGACCUUAUGUGUAUUUGAUUCAAACGAAGAUGUGACUAGCUUUGUACAGGGAAAGAUAAGAGGAUUGAUUGCUGAAGAAGGGAAAGGUUCUUUCAUAAAAGAAGAUGACCCUGAGAAGUUUCGAGAAGCUAUUAUGAAGUUUGAAAAGUGUUUUGGAUUAGCAGAGCAGGAGAAGUUGGUGACCUAUUACUCCUGCAGUUACUGGAGAGGGCGAAUGCCCUGUCAGGGAUGGCUUUAUCUUAGUACCAACUUUCUUAGCUUUUACUCUUUUUUGUUGGGAGCAGAAAUAAAACUCGUUAUCUCCUGGGAUGAAAUCUCAAAGCUUGAAAAGACCUCCAAUGUGAUCCUGACCGAGAGUAUUCAUGUGUGCUCCCGUGGGGAGGAUCACUACUUUUCCAUGUUUAUGCACAUUAAUGAAACGUUCCUUCUUAUGGAGCAGCUGGCAAACUAUGCUGUAAGGAGACUUUUUGACAAGGAGACAUUUGAAAGUGACCUAGUCCUCCAUGAUCCCCUGCAAAUCACCAAGAGAGGCCUGGAGAACCGAGCCCACAGUGAGCAGUUCAGUGCAUUCUUCAGGCUACCCAAGGAAGAGACCCUGAAGGAAGUGCAUGAAUGUUUCUUAUGGGUACCUUUCUGCCACUACAACACAUUGGGAAAAAUGUGCAUUUCAGAGAACUACAUCUGUUUUGCUAGCCAGGAUGGCAACCUAUGCAGCAUAAUCAUUCCCCUAAGAGAGGUCAUAGCAGUGGAAAUUUCUGAUCCAGCCAACAAAGGAGUCAGCAUUAGUACUAAAGGAAAAAGAGCUUUUCGUUUCACUGAGCUUAGGGAUUUUGAACACCUGGUAGCAAAGCUCAAGAUCAGAAGUGGAGCAACUUCAAGUCCGCAACAUACUGCAAGUACGGAGGCCGCCACUACUUCCCACUCUGACAAUCCAGUGGAUUAUUAUGAAGGACGGUCAAUGGCAGAUCAGAAAGGCAGCAGCAAUGCCGUUAGCACAGAAGCUCUAAUGACUGUAUUUCACCCUCAGGAUGCUGAUAAUCUUGACUGUAAAAUGUUGAAAGAAAAAAUGAAAGAGCAGUCCUGGAAUAUCCUCUUUGUAGAAUGUGGACGUGGUGUUAGCAUGUUUCGAACAAAGAAGACUCGAGAUCUAGUUUUAAGAGGGAUCCCAGAGACCUUACGAGGAGAACUCUGGCUUCUCUUCUCAGGUGCCGUUAAUGACAUGGCUACAAAUCCUGGUUAUUACACCGAACUGGUGGAAAAGUCCCUAGGAACAUGCACUUUGGCUACUGAUGAAAUUGAACGAGAUUUGCGGCGCUCCCUACCUGAGCAUCCUGCCUUUCAGAGUGACACUGGUAUCUCUGCCCUCAGGAGAGUUCUUACAGCCUAUGCGUACAGGAAUCCCAAGAUUGGAUACUGUCAGGCAAUGAAUAUUUUGACAUCCGUGCUGCUGCUUUAUGCCAAAGAAGAAGAAGCUUUCUGGUUAUUAGUUGCUGUGUGUGAAAGGAUGUUACCUGAUUAUUUCAAUCGUCGAAUCAUCGGUGCCUUGGUGGAUCAGGCAGUUUUUGAGGAACUCAUCAGAGAUCACCUGCCUCAGCUGACAGACCACACGACAGACAUGACAUUCUUCUCCUCAGUCUCUCUCUCCUGGUUUCUUACUCUCUUCAUCAGUGUGCUGCCCAUUGAAAGUGCAGUCAGCGUGGUAGACUGUUUCUUCUACGAUGGGAUAAAGGCGAUCUUGCAGCUGGGUCUGGCAGUACUGGACUACAACAUAGAGAAGCUGCUAACCUGUAAGGAUGAUGCAGAGGCAGUGACUGUUCUAAACAGAUUUUUCGACAGCGUCACUAACAAGGACAGUCCAUUGCCUCCAGCUGUGCAGCAGGCUUCAAACCUAAACGAUAAAAAGAGUUUCCACCCAAAAGUAGACAUAACUGACCUGAUCCGAGAGUCAAACGAGAAAUAUGGUGAUAUUCGAUAUGAGGACGUGGAGAGAAUGCGCUGCAGGAACAGGCUGUAUGUGAUCCAGACUCUAGAAACUACAACAAAGCAGAAUGUGCUGCGUGUUAUGUCUCAGGAUGUAAAAUUCAAUCCUAAUGACCUGGAAGAGCUGUAUGAAUUAUUCAAGAAGGAGCAUUUUCUGUCAUGUUACUGGAAUGCAAAUAGCCCAGUCCUGAGACACCAUGACCCCAGUCUGCCAUAUCUGGACCAGUAUCGGAUCAACUGCCAGCAGUUCAGGGUCCUCUAUCAUCUCCUGAGUCCAUGGGCGCAUUGUGCAAACAGGGACUCUCUUGCACUGUGGACGUUCAGGUUGCUGGACGAAAACUCCGAUUGCCUUAUAAACUUCAAAGAAUUUGCCUGUGCCCUUGAUGUCAUGUGUAAUGGAAGUUUCACUGACAAGCUGAAGCUGCUUUUUAAGCUGCACAUCCCUCCAGCUUUUACUGAAGUGGAAUCUCUAAGCCCUUCCAAAGGUGAUGAACUUCCAAAAGAAGAGCUGAUUCAUUUCAGUCAACUCAAUGUUUCCUCCCCUGUGGAUAGUCAAGAAGCUGAUGCUUUGAAGAGAAGCCCAGAAAAAGCAGGUAAAGAGAAGAUUGAUAUUCAGGCCUAUCUGAAGCAAUGGCAAGAUGAACUUCUUAAAAAAGAAGAAAAUAUUAAGGAUUUGCCUAGAAUGAACCAGUUCCAAUUCAUCCAGUUCUCAAAGACUUUAUACAACUUGUUCCACGGGGACCCUGAAGAGGAGCUGUUAUAUCGGGCUAUAGCGACUGUCACCAGUCUCUUGCUGAAGAUGGAAGAAGUUGGGAGAAGACUCCAAAGCCCCAUGUCAUCAGCCAAAAGCCCAGUGUCUGCGGCAGAGUCUAGCACUGAUGGCCAGAACACACAGGAGGAGGACGGUGAACCCCCCCAGCCGGAGUGCAGGAAAGGACAGCGCUCUGGCAGAGACGACCACGAAUGGUCUUUUGCCUUCGAGCAGAUCCUGGCAUCCUUGUUAAAUGAACCAGCUUUGGUGAGAUUUUUUGAGAAACCUCUAGAUAUAAAAGCCAAGAUAGAAAAUGCUAAAACGUCGCAAUUAAAAGCGAGAAGAAGAGUAUAGUUUUCUUCCCCUUUGUACUCUGUGUAACAUAAAGGCCAUUGCUAUGGAAAUUGAGCGUUGUUUAUACUGAGAAUGAGGUUUGAGGAUUUAGCUUUGUAAUAUGUUAUGAAGUAGUUAAGAACACUUCGAAGCACAAUUGCAUCUUUCAAUAAAUUUCAGUAGAGUUCAAUAAGGACAGGAAAGUAAACUGCAUUUUUACCACAUUAUACAAAAUAUGCACUAUUGCUAGGAAAUUCUUAAUGCAACUCUGUUGCAAAACUUUCCAUAUGACUAUUACUGGUUACAUGCUUCUUAAUUUACUGGUCAUUGUGGGGAUGAAUAUAAUGAUUUUCUGCCAUCUUCAGUUAUAGGUAGUACUAGCAUCUGAGUGCUUUACUUUCAGGCUGGUUUAAUUUCUAAAUAAUCUUUCUAAAUCUCCAUGUAAACUCUCACCAGCCCAUGGCAAAAGCCUCAGUGCAAAAGGGAGUAGAUUUUUUUUGAACUGGUAUCCUUGAUGGUCAAAGCAACAUUGUUGAUAAAAAAGGAAGUUUCCCUUUUUUUUUACUUGUUUGCUGUACUGUAGUGUUAAUCUUUUCUUUAUCAGUCCCCACUGACUUCUAGUAAAUAGCUGGUGUCAGAGCUUGGUCUGAAUCUAUGCAAAAUCCAGACCAGAAUCCUAACUUCCCAGAGGGCAGCAUUUCUACACUGAAUCUGUACAGCCUGGAAUUUUGGGGACCCAGAUUUUGUAGCUCGGGCACGAUUUCCCUCCUGACUCCAUGGUUUCCUGCAUCAAGCCAGAUGAGUAGGUUCUCUCUUCCCCGCCAAUAUCCUGUAUCCCUAAGUUGCCGGGAUGGGGGAGCUAACUGAUAUUCUUGUGGCUACCGUUACACAAGGAUGAGCAAGCUGGGGGACGGCUUAUCAAAAUGCUGAACAUCCAGUCAACUGUAUUCCAGCUUGCUGGAGGCACAAGGAAACUGGUGGACAACAGCUAAUUCCUUUUACUCUACAAGGAAUAAGGUUAUGAUGUAUGUGAAGCACCUGCAUUUUGUCUCUAUCUGCAUGCAGGGAGGAAAGGGAUAAUUCUCUCAUCUGGAGCAUGUCCGGGAAUCGUGAGUUUGUUUGAAUGUUGUUUCAAAACGCAAUAGUAGCCAUCAGUAGCCACCUCCUAAUUAUGACUGCUGAGCCAGGCUGCUGGUCUGCUCUGGCAGAUGCUGCUUUAUUACCUUUAAAUCAAGCUCAAGCUUGUAACUGUUGAUCUUCUGCCAUUGGUCUUCACUUUUGGUUAAUGACCACUGUGAUAGUUGGAUCCAGCACAACAAAUAGCAGCAACAAAAUCCUUCAGAGUCUGAGUGUCAGAGUUUUUAAUACGACAGCAG